AUGGAUACAGAUACUCCGUUUGUAUGUAUGGCACACAAUAAAAAAAGUUUUGAGAUUCUUUGUUUCAGGUGUAAUACUCUAUUGUGCCCAAGAUGUUGUGCCUCACACAAUCACGAAGACACCACUAAAAAUCAUUAUAAUCAUGUGGAUGACAUCAAGCUGUCUCUUCAAAGACAUCUAACCAAUAACUAUGAUAUCAAUAAUAAUAAUAAUAAUAAUAAUAAUAAUAAUAAUAAUAAUAAUAAUAAUAAUAAUUAUAGUGACAGUGAUAGUAACAAUAAUAAUCAAGUUAAUAGUGAAGGACGUAGUAAAGAAUGUGAUGGUACUACAACUGAUUUUAUUUUACAAAAGACCAAAGCAAUAUGGACAGACUUGAAAUCAUCGACCAUCAGAUACCAAUCGUUGACAUCCACCGAGAAAAGAAUCAUUAGCUACUUUCAGCGUAUAACUCAGCUACUUAACAAGCAGGGAAAUAUUCUAAUGGAGCCAAUCGUCAAAGAAAAAGAGACCAUCUUCGAAAAUUUCCAAAAGAGUAUCAAAGAACUACAACAAUUAGUACAAGUAUCGAAUCUAUGUAAGCUUGACAACAGUGAAUUUGUCGAUCGAUCCAAUGAACAGAGUGCAUUAGACCAUCAGAAAAACACUGGCAAUGGAAGAUACAGGAUAGAGGAAACUAUGGAAUCAGUCAAGAACUGUCAAACACUUUUGAAAUUCAUACAACUCGAGACUGACUUGUUUCCUAAACACUGUGAAAACAGUGAGGAUCUAACUUCACCAUAUCAAGGCGAUAUAAAUUCUGCGGUGUUGGAUAAUCUCACAAAAAUCUUUAUGAAGGAAGAAACCGCUAAAACGCGUAUGCAAUUGUUGGACUACCUCCUUGAAAACAAUAUGGAUACCAGUGGAUAUGAAGAGUUGAUAGAGCAAUCGAUUAGAAUCACUACAAAGCCAAUUGAAAAGCCAAGAUCCUAUAUUUUAUCAACACUAGCAGAAACCGGUGCAACUCUGAUUGAUGUUUCCAGCAAUUCAGUAGAGGAACUGAGCUCACAAUACAACCUAUGUGGUGCAAUGGUAAAGGCCGGAGAUUCCAUUUAUGUAUUCGGUGGUGGCGGUGAGAAUCAAAAGGAUGAGAAUAAAUACUUUAAAUUCUCUACUCAGACAAUGUCGUUGGUAGCUGCCCAAGAAAUGAAAGAAGUUUAUCUCGGGGAAAUGCUUUCUGCCUGCUAUGAUGGACAUGACCAUAUUUACAUUAUCAGUAACUUCAACAAAACCAGUAUCCACAGGUUCAAUAUUAAAACAUCGAAAUAUGAAUGUUGCCACAAACCCUUCGCCAUAGGAGAUCUAUCCAAGGAUACACACACUCUCCAAUUCUUCAAUCCUACAGGACUAAAAAGAAGGUUAGAGGAUUGUCACACAUUCUCAAACGGUGGAGAUAAGCCAGUGGCAGCCUGUACCGAUGGUCAUGGAAAUAUCUAUAUUUUCUACCCCAAGGAUUUCAUUAGAUUCAAUAUCGACACAAAGGUCAAAAGCCAGAUUAACUCAAUAUUAAAAUAUUCCAUUGAUGCUAAAUUGUCAUUGACCUAUCACUCUAAUCCAAAAGAGAUUGGUGGCGAAUGUAUUUAUAUUGUUGGUGAAGGUGUUAUCAGGUAUUCAAUAGAAUCAAAACAAUUUACACAAAUUAUAGGUGAUUUUCAAUAUAGUAGAAGUGUUUGUUCAUCCAUUAUUAUAGAUCAAAAGAAUUAA